GAUCUUAUUCCACUUCAGUCUCUCGGAGCCUUCUCAAUUCUCGCGAGACUUGAAACGACUCAGCUUCUGCGCAUUACAAGACACUGAGAGUCAGGGAGCCAAGGGAGGGGGGAGGGGAAGAGGGGGGAGACGGUGCAAACGGCGUGGCCGCCAUCUUGUUUGUACCCCCGCUUCGCGCGCGCUCCGUUCUCCGUGACGCACACUUCCCCCUCCCCUCCGCAGUGUCCAGGGCCCUGCAUUGCUCGACUUAGCAGGAGCGACUCCAGCUCUUCCCUGGACUCCUGAGCAGAGUUGUCAAAAUGUCCACAGAAGGUGGAUUUGGUGGUACUAGCAGCAGUGAUGCCCAGCAAAGCCUACAGUCCUUUUGGCCUCGUGUCAUGGAAGAAAUCCGGAAUUUAACAGUGAAAGAUUUCCGAGUACAGGAGCUCCCACUGGCUCGUAUUAAGAAGAUUAUGAAAUUGGAUGAAGACGUAAAGAUGAUCAGUGCAGAAGCCCCUGUGCUCUUUGCCAAGGCAGCCCAGAUUUUUAUCACAGAGUUGACUCUUCGAGCCUGGAUCCACACAGAGGACAACAAGCGACGCACUCUACAGAGGAAUGAUAUCGCCAUGGCAAUUACAAAAUUUGAUCAGUUUGACUUUCUCAUCGAUAUUGUUCCAAGAGAUGAACUGAAACCUCCAAAGCGUCAGGAGGAGGUGCGCCAGUCUGUGACUCCUGCUGAGCCUGUCCAGUACUACUUCACGCUGGCUCAGCAGCCCACCGCCGUCCAAGUCCAGGGGCAGCAGCAAGGCCAGCAGACCACCAGCUCCACAACCACCAUCCAGCCAGGCCAGAUCAUCAUCGCACAGCCACAGCAAGGCCAGACCACACCUGUGACCAUGCAGGUUGGAGAAGGUCAGCAGGUACAGAUUGUCCAGGCCCAGCCACAAGGUCAAGCCCAGCAGGCCCAGAGUGGGACUGGACAGACCAUGCAGGUGAUGCAGCAGAUCAUCACGAACACGGGAGAGAUCCAGCAGAUCCCGGUGCAGCUGAACGCUGGCCAGCUGCAGUAUAUUCGCUUAGCCCAGCCUGUAUCAGGCACCCAAGUUGUGCAGGGACAGAUCCAGACGCUUGCCACCAAUGCUCAACAGAUCACACAGACUGAGGUCCAGCAAGGACAGCAGCAGUUCAGCCAGUUCACAGAUGGACAGCAGCUCUACCAGAUCCAGCAAGUGACCAUGCCUGCCGGCCAGGACCUCGCCCAGCCCAUGUUCAUCCAGUCAGCCAACCAGCCCUCCGAUGGGCAGGCCUCCCAGGUGACCGCCGACUGAGGCCUGAGCUGGCAAGGUCAAGGACACCCAACACAGUUUUUGCCAUAUAGCCCCUGGGCAAGGGGCACAGCCUCCCUCCCCAGAGGACCGGGUGGACCUCAGCGCCUCCUGCGGGCUAGGACACUGGUGCACUGCGCCCCCGUCUGGGGCCGAGAUUCUCCAACAGAAAGAUGCAAUAUUUUUUAUUUCCUUUUUCCACUUUUUCUCCAAGGAAUCAAUAUUUCAAUAUGUGAGCUGUGUGUCCAAUUCUAUGAAAUGAAAAUAUUAAAUAACAUAUUUAUGGCAUUUUCUUGAAGAGUGUUGUUGAAGAAAUACUUUCUUUUGUUUUCCUUGUUUAGUUCCUACUGGCAUUUCUUUUUAGGAGCAGAUCUGUUCAGGGUGUAUGUUAUCUCCUGAGUCUUGGGGCAGGUGGGUGCCCGAGGAUUGGCCUCCUUGCCCUGCCCUCAGAUUAAAUUAGGUGAGUGUGUGUCGCCUCUUUCUCACCCGUGGUCCUCUUCCUGUGCCCCGUUGCCCCGGGGCUUUGUGUACUUGCAUCCAGGAUCCAGCGGUCGUGGAAACAUUCCCGAUUUAGGAGAUGAACUCAUUUGCCAAGGAGAGUAAGUGGUUUCAUUCCCAAACCUUCUCUCCUAGGGGCCUGAGGAGACUAGAACUUUGUGCGUUGGCUUCCCUCCCCCCGUUUUUUAUUUCAUUUUUAAAAUGCAUUAAAAAUUGUGCUAGUCUCCUUUGCUGCAUGGACUUCAAACUGCAUGAAAUGCAAUAAAUUUCAUUUUAGAUAA